AUGGUGACCAAAAACGCAGCCCUCUAUGCUCGCUUUCGGAAGAGGGCGGCCGAGAUCAGUGGGACCUCGCCCGAGCCGAAGAAGAAGGCUAGGCUUUCUGGCCCCGAGACGAGCACGGCCCAGGUCGGGCCUUCUAGGCCUGCUCGAGAGGUUCCGAGCACCGAUCAUAGGGGCUCGGGAUCUACGGGAGCUUCGACGAUGCUGGCCUGCCCGGCUCCUAUCUCUCAGUGCCCUGGUCGACAUCCUGUCGAGCAGCGGCGCUCGGCUCCCGAGCAGCGGCGCCCGGAUCCGGAGCCGGGGAGCAGCCUGGGGGCUCCGAGGUCGCCCCCGCCCCCGCCUAGUCCAACGAGGCCGAGUCUCCCCGGUCCCUCGGAGGCCAAUCCUCAACCGGAGAGGAGGCCUUACCUCCCCUCGUGGGAGGUUUUCGAGGGUGACUCGGCCCUUGACGAUCCUGCAGUGGCGCGGCAAAUUUUCCAAGUCGCGCUGCUUCCGGCCGACAAGGCCAAAAUCCGGUCCCAGAGCUACAAUAGCUUCUUGGACGGGAUCUACUGCUCCGCGGUCCGGGAGCUGCUCGCGAGAGCAGAGGCCGUCAAAGGCGAUCUUCGGUCGCGGACCGCGGAGCUCGAGGAGGAGAAAGGCGCGCAUGCCCUAGCCAGGUCAGAGCUACGCGCCGCCGAGGCGCGUCUGAGCGAGGCCCAAUCGGCACUCGCUGCACGCGAGCGGGUGGCGGAGGGCGCUCAGCUCAGGGUUAAGGAGCUUGAGGCCUGCGUGGAAAGAGCACAGGAGGAGGCUCGAUACGCGGCUCAGAGCGGGGUCCAACUCUUUCGGGAAUCGGAAGAGCUCUAUGAUCUACUGAAGGAGGAAGCUGUGAACGGGCUCGUCCGCGGCUUCGAGGACUUCGGUAAUCAGCUGAAGCGGCUCUGCCCCGAGUUCGACCUUAAUUUGCUCCAGCCUGGGGAAGGAGUCGAAGAGCUCGAGGCGCCUGAAGACCCGGCUGAGGCCGAAGUUCAGGCGGCCGAGGAGGGCGAGAUUCCUACUGAGGGGGAUCCAGAAGGAGCUUCUGAUGCUGCUCUCCAAGCUACCGAUGAAGCCCAGGCCGAGACCUCCACUGCGGGCAGACUCGAGGGAGCUCCGAUAGAGCAUGCCGAGCCGACUGCUGCGGAUGACCUCGGGGCUGCGCCCGUCUCCUAG